GGUGUUCCAGAAUAACAAGCCCUCGCUGCUCACACCGUCUCUUUUGGCCGCCAGGAGAGAUGGUAAAGGUGUUCCAGAAUAACAACCCUCGCUGCUCCACCGUCUUUUUGCCGCCAGGAGAGGAUUCCCAGGACAGUUCUGAUGGCAUCCCCUCUGCCCCUCGCAUGACUGGUAGUUUGGUGUCGGACCGAAGUCACGAUGACAUCGUCACACGAAUGAAGAACAUAGACUGUAUUGAGCUGGGCCGGCACAGGUUAAAGCCGUGGUACUUCUCUCCAUACCCACAGGAGCUCACAACCCUCCCCAUCCUCUACCUUUGUGAAUUCUGUCUUAAGUACCUCAAGAGCCUCAAGUGUCUACAGAGGCACCUGACAAAAUGCAACCUUAGACACCCGCCAGGAAAUGAGAUCUAUCGCAAAGGAACUAUAUCCUUUUUUGAAAUAGAUGGCAGGAAAAACAAGACAUAUUCACAAAAUUUGUGUUUACUGGCCAAAUGCUUCCUGGACCACAAGACACUGUACUAUGACACAGAUCCUUUCCUCUUCUACGUUAUGACAGAGUAUGACUCAAAGGGUUUCCACAUAGUUGGCUACUUCUCCAAGGAAAAGGAAUCAACAGAAGACUAUAAUGUGGCCUGCAUUUUGACUUUACCACCUUACCAGAGAAGAGGCUAUGGCAAACUACUUAUUGAGUUUAGUUAUGAGCUCUCGAAAGUGGAAGGAAAAACGGGUACUCCAGAGAAGCCUCUGUCUGAUCUGGGUCUGCUCUCCUACCGCUCAUACUGGUCUCAGACAAUUCUGGAGAUCCUCAUGAACCUCAAAUCAGAGAACGGAGAACGGCCACAGAUCACAAUCAAUGAAAUCAGUGAGAUCACCAGUGUCAAGAAAGAGGAUGUGAUAUCAACUCUUCAAUACCUUAACCUCAUCAAUUAUUAUAAGGGUCAGUAUAUCCUCAACUUAUCAGAGGACAUAGUGGAAGGUCAUGAACGGGCCAUGCAGAAGCGUCACCUCCGUAUUGACCCCAAAUGUUUGCAUUUUACUCCUAAAGACUGGAGCAAGAGGGGCAAGUGGUGAAGACCGUAAGAGGACUGCUGGCAUGCAGCUGAUGUGCCAAAUGCCCUGCUCACAAAGGAAUUCAGUUCAAGACCCUGUAACUGUUCCAUAUACAGACUUAACUUGAAAAUGAGUUUGUAAAAGAAGACAGAGACAGUUUAAUAUUGUUAAAGAUUCCACAGUACACAUCUGCAUGUUAUGUGACCUAAUCUUACAAAUUUCAUAAUUCUGUGAAAUUCAUGUCAGUCUGUUACUUGUUAAAUGUCUUUUUCAAUGGAAAAUUCUCUCCCACCAUUUCAACAAAUCAUCAUGAAUAUGAAUAUUCGUUUGCAUUGUUAAACUCUUCUCGACUUUGCUGCAUUGCUGGAUACGCCUACAUCAUGUCACCAAUGAUCACUGCCACUUGUGUUGCUGGAAAUCGCCAGCUCUUCAGUGAAAAUGAAUUGAAUCGUGUCACACCUUGUCCCUCUGUGUUGCUGAAUUGGUCCUUACAAUGUCAUUGUGUUGUACAUAACAUAGACUUAAAAUAAAUGUCUUUUCUACACUGGUAUUGCAUGGGUCUAGGGUCAAAUUCAAAGGAAUAUAUUUGAAUACCUCUACAGUUAUUUCUUUUUUUUUUUUUAACUGAAUGUUAACCAGCAAAACACUGUCUGCAAAAUAUUGUCAUCUUUUAGGUAAAUAAACAAUUGAAAAUCUUG